GAAUGACAAAAAUGAGGUCAAAGUCUGAAGCAUGAUCUUCUUUGAAAUGAGAGGAAAUUAACUUACUGUGUUCCAGGACAAUAAGCACUUGUUGCUUCAAACCACAAUAGAACCUUUCCUUUCAAAAGCAAACACCAUCUGGAAGCUAGUUCCUACAUGCAACAGGAACAUUUUUUUUAGAGAAAGGAACUACUGCUAUACAAAACCUUUUAUUCAUAGUCAUUUUCUGCUCAAACAGAUUGAAGGGUCAAAAGACUUCAAAAUCAUUAGCAAAAUGGAUUGGACACCUGGGGAACUAGCAGCCCAUGAUCUCUUGUGGGAAUUGAGGCCCUUCCUACAACAGCAAUGGCAAAUUUUUGAGCAAAGGAGGUUUCAGAAAUACACCACUCUUCCUCACUGUCAGUUUGUACAGGAAAUCUCUGAUGACGUGUCACCUAAGAAGCUAUUGGCGUUCCAGUCAAGCUAUCUUUCAUUUAUGUUGAAGAAUGAUUGAAGAUUGUGGGAAAAGAGGAAAUACCAUGGCAGAAAGAAGGCAGCUGUUUGCCGAAAUGCGGGCUCAAGAUCUGGAUCGCAUCCGUUUAUCCACCUACAGAACAGCAUGCAAGCUUAGAUUUGUACAGAAGAAAUGCAACUUACAUCUGGUGGACAUUUGGAACGUUAUAGAAGCAUUGCGAGAAAAUGCAUUAAACAACUUGGACCCAAACAUAGAAUUGAAUGUGGCUCGUCUGGAAGCUGUGCUUUCAACUAUUUUUUACCAGCUCAACAAACGGAUGCCAACUACUCACCAGAUCAACGUAGAGCAAUCCAUCAGCUUAUUGCUCAACUUCCUGCUAGCGGCCUUCGAUCCGGAAGGACAUGGUAAAAUUUCAGUUUUUGCUGUCAAAAUGGCUUUGGCAACUCUUUGUGGAGGAAAGAUCAUGGACAAAUUAAGAUAUAUUUUCUCAAUGAUUUCAGACUCUGGUGGAGUGAUGGUUUAUGGAAGGUAUGAUAUGUUUCUGCGGGAGGUUCUCAAACUUCCCACUGCAGUUUUCGAAGGUCCUUCAUUUGGUUACACGGAGCAAUCGGCAAAAUCCUGUUUCUCUCAACAGAAAAAAGUCACAUUAAAUGCUUUCUUGGAUACUCUCAUGUCUGACCCCCCGCCGCAGUGUCUGGUCUGGCUACCACUUCUGCAUCGAUUGGCAAAUGUUGAAAAUGUCUUCCAUCCUGUUGAGUGUUCCUACUGCCACAGUGAGAGCAUGAUGGGAUUUCGCUAUCGGUGCCAGCAGUGUCACAAUUACCAGCUCUGUCAGGACUGCUUCUGGAGGGGACAUGCCAGUGGUUCCCAUAGCAACCAGCACCAAAUGAAAGAAUACACAUCGUGGAAAUCACCUGCUAAGAAGCUAACUAAUGCACUUAGCAAGUCUUUAAGCUGUGCUUCCAGCCGUGAACCUUUGCACCCAAUGUUCCCUGACCAGCCUGAAAAACCUCUAAACCUGGCUCAUAUUGUGCCUCCCAGACCUGUAACCAGCAUGAAUGAUACGCUAUUCUCCCACUCUGUUCCCUCAGGAAAUACUUUCACAAACAGAAGGUUACUUGAGGGUAUAAAUGUAGCCAGUCCUGUAGCUGAUGAGCAUUCUCUUAUAAAGCUGUAUGUAAAUCAGCUUCACAACAAUUCACGCUCUCCUUACAAGAAUAAUGAAGUAGAGCAGAACAAAUUGCUGGCUAGGGCUGCUCCAGCUUUCUUGAAAGGCAAAGGGUUACAGUACAGCCUCGAUGUUGCAGACAGGCUGGCCGAUGAACAUGUACUCAUCGGGUUGUAUGUCAACAUGCUCCAGAGCAACCCCUCACGCAUGCUUGACAGUGCAGGCCGUCUAGAUGAAGAGCACAGACUGAUCGCCAGGUAUGCAGCGAGACUGGCAGCAGAGACUACUGCAUCACAGCAGCAGCAGCAGCAGCAGGGUCAGCAGAGAGGUGCCUCAGAUAUCUCUUUCACCAUUGACGCAAAUAAGCAACAAAGACAACUGAUUGCAGAGCUUGAAAACAAGAACAGAGAAAUCUUACAGGAGAUCCAGAGGUUGCGGCUUGAACAUGAGCAGGCAUCUCAGCCCACACCAGAGAAGGCACAACAGAACCCCACUCUCCUUGCAGAGCUCCGACUCCUGAGACAGCGGAAGGAUGAGCUCGAACAGAGGAUGUCUGCUCUUCAGGAAAGUCGAAGAGAGCUGAUGGUACAGUUGGAAGGCCUCAUGAAACUACUGAAGACUCAAGGAGCAGGCUCCCCUCGAUCUUCACCCAGUCACACUAUCAGCCGACCUAUUCCUAUGCCAAUCAGGUCUGCAUCUGCCUGCUCCACCCCAACCCAUACACCUCAGGACUCUCUGACGGGUGUGGGAGGAGACGUGCAAGAAGCUUUUGCGCAAAGCACAAGGCGAAAUUUAAGAAAUGACUUACUAGUGGCAGCAGAUUCGAUUACCAAUACCAUGUCUUCUCUGGUGAAAGAGCUAAACUCAGAGAUGGGCAGCGAGACGGAGAGUAACGUGGAUUCUGAGUUUGGACGGACUCAUUUUGAUGAUCUUGUUCCAUCACCGACUUCUGAAAAGGCUUUCCUUGCACAAAUCCAUGCCCGGAAGCCAGGAUAUAUUCACAGUGCAGCUGCCACUGGCACCAUUCGCAGUGACAUGGUUACAGAAGAUGGAGACCCCUAUGUUAGAGCAGAUGAUGAGAACUAUGAAAACGACUCUGUCCGCCAGCUGGAAAAUGAGCUCAAGAUGGAGGAAUAUCUGAAACAAAAGUUGCAGGAUGAAGCCUACCAGCAGGCAAGCUGCAGUCAGACAGACAACGAAAGCUAUGUAAGAACUGACGAUGAGGAGAGCUGCAUUCGAACCGAUGACGAAGAAAACCUGGCUGCAAACUUCACAGAAGAAUGGAACCAACAAGUGCAGCAUCUCUUGACAAAAAAAUCAAAUGACUAACUAAUUUCCGAGGACUGUAGCACAGUACUUUUGUUCUAAGAGUUCUAGUUUGUAGGUGUGUGUUUUGAGAAAAAGACUUUUGUUUAAAGCUAACUUAUAUUAGCUACAUCUUCUGUAACAUGGCUCAUUACCGAUGAAGAAAGCAGGCUGAAACGUGUGCUGCUCUUACAAAUAAUAGCAGUAUCAACAAAACAUGUAAACCCUUUGCACACGAUGUUGAACCUAUUCAGUUUACAAUUACAAUACUGUUUAUAGAUUUCAAUUUGAUUUCUGAAUACGUCAAGAUUUUAGUAGAACAGUUUACUAUACACUGUAAAUUUUUCUUUCACAGAAGAAAUAAAAAAGCUACAAUUAUGCAGUUAACACUGAAUGAUUAUACUCCUGAGUGUAUAUAUUUAGUAGCCCAAAAGCAAAGUAUCAGACUAUGUUUGCAAUUUGUUUUAAAGUCUUUUACAUAAAAGACUUGUACAAAAUGCACUAAAAAAACCCUCUAAUUUAGGGCUAACGUGUAACUUAGGAAUGUUUUCUUUCAAAGUAAUCUAACAAAUCAGCCAUAGAAGUUAGUGUAAAUAUUUUUUUUCCAAAUAGAUAUCAUAUACAAAAGGCAACAUUCAAAUUAUAUAGAAUCUAGUUUUUAAAUCAGCACAGAUCUUCUUAAAACUGUGAACUAUGUUUUGAAAUACUCGUUACUAAAGCUGUUUAUAAACCACAGGUGCCAUAAGAUCCCUAAACUGACUGAAGUUAUGUAUAAUCUUCCAUGGUAUUGUUUCAUUGAUGUUUUAGCUUUAGUAAACGUGUUCAACAAAUCAGCUCUUUCCAUUUUUCCCCUUCCCCAUCAUGUUAUUUUUGAGGCCUUCAGCUUUAAAUAUAUAGGCUUAAAGUGCGCUUUCAAUUGUUUCCUUUCAUUUCCAAAUGUGUAUUGCCUUAGCCAGCCACCAGAUGUUCUGCAUGCGUUCUUGGAAAUAUGUAGUGAGACUCAUGGAGCUGAAUGGAGACUUAGCAAUCAGUGAAAUGCAUAAGGAAAACAGAGUUGUUUUUGAAAGAACAGGGAUAGGGUUACAGAACUAGCGUAUUGUCUCUGCUAGUAACUCUUUAACUUUUUAUCUUACCCAGGGGAAAAUUAUGAGAGAAAGUGGGCCUUUUCGAUCAUGCAGGAUAACAAAUUGAAAAUGUUAGUUGUACAGUGCUUGCCUUGCCCUUACUACUAUCCUAAAUGUAGUUUUGACCAGAGUUUGAAGUGAAAUAGCUGGUAAUAUCUCACAUAGGACAUUACUUAGGAAUGAAGUGACACUGUCUUGCAGCCCUGAAAAUUCUAGGUUUUCAUACAGAUAGACCACACCUGGCAUGGUCGGUCUUCAGUGAGUGAUGAGGUACUGAUGUAAAACAGGUGAAAGCAUGUCUGUCUAACCUUUCUUUCAUGGUAACAUUUUAGAAUGUGUCCUGGAUUGCUCCAUAGCUUGUCCCAAUAAAUUCACUCGCUAUAUGUCUGUACGCGAUCUUUAGUCGCAUGGCUGUUUCACUGAGAUUGAGUGUUAGGGAAUGUAUAUCUGUAUGAAAGAGUUACUGCUUUUUUUUACUUUCAUACAGUAUUAUUGCUUAUACAGACCCCUUGCCCACAUCUCCUUGUAUAUCUGAGCCUGGUCUCAGAUACCCAAAUUGACACUCCUGCAACUAGCUAUCUUCACGUAGGCUUCCCCGCACUCCUCCCAAUCAUUGGUCUUUGCUUCUGUGGUAUAGGCCAGCCUGAAAAGGUAGGCACCAUACCUAUGAUGGUAUAUGUCUCCUACAGCCUCUUCUCAGGAAUGGGUGAGCCUUCCAUUAGUGCCUAGCACUCAACCCUGAAAACUACUACAGUGAAGUUACAGCCAAUGCUGUCAGCUCAGGAUUCAAGUCAAGCAUUUCCUGAACACAGACAAAGUGAGCUAGCACACAACUACGUGCCAUGGCUGACUGAUUCAACAACCUAUGUUACGUUUAACGGCAUCUAGAUUAGCUACCUUACGUAACUCCCAUGUCUGUGUACACGUCAUCAUCAUCAUGCUGAAAGUAAGUGCAAUAGUAUAAAUCCAUUGCCAGGGCUCCAGGAUUAAUAUAAUGAAAAAUGUUGACAAACCAACCAGUUUUCUCUCAGGCUGGUGUUAGCAAGGCAAUCCCAGACAGAGUUCUAGUGACCUCUUCCACUUUAGAGCUCUGAGAUGAAGCACUUUUUAGUUGGCUCUCCGAAUCUCUAAUUUAAGCUUUUGUUGUUGUUUUCCCCCCCGCCCCCCCAGUGGUAAAGCUGGCUACAUUUUACACAGUUGGUCUUUGACUGUUUGUCAGAUAUUAUUUUGGUUGUGACAAAGUUACAGAAAUGGUCCCCAGUAGUAGCCUUUUCUAACUACAAAUGCCCAACCACAGCAGUCAAAACUCCCUGAGAGGUUGACUGUCAUAGGAGGGAAGGACUACUCAGUAGUUUGCAAUCAGGACACAGGGAUGUAAAGAUAAAUAGGGUUCUUGAAUGUUGAAAGUUGAGGAGGAGAAUAGGUUAUCUGUAAGUAGUAAUGUUAACUAACCUGCAUAAUAAGGUGUGUGGCCUUUGUUGUGAUAUAUGUAUUUUCUUAUAUGCAUGAGCCAAAUUGUUGAAUCAUUAUUUAGCACAGGUGUCUGCCUUUACUUUUAGUCAUCUUCUCCCAUCCUUAUUAAUUCUUGGCAAUUAUUGUAGAUAGACCUUGUAAAUAUUGCAACCUCAGGUUGCUGCAAUCUCAUAGGUUCAAUUCAGCAGAAGGAGCCAUGAACAACAAGCACUCCACUGUGUCCUGAAGAGAGAGGGCAUUUUUAUCUUUGAACCAAAAAUGUAUGAAGAGUUACAUCUUGAGGCUAACAACUGUAAGACAUUUUUAAACUACUGUACUUGACACCACUUGAGACAGAUGUAGAGACACUAAAGAUUUCACACUAUUCAUUGGUAUUGUAACAGAACUACUAUUGUAUGGGUUUUUUGUAUUGCUGUUAAGUAUUGUUUUGUGUGUGUGUUGGAACCUACUGGGGACAUGUUAUAUUUUGAAGUGAUUAAACUAUUUAAUUGUGUGUCUAUAUUUUGGAAUGGAAUUAUUUCUUCAUUAAAAAGGAUUUUUAAAAAUA